AUGACCACCCAAUUCGAUAAGAUAUAUCAUGGCAUCGCACAGGAAGUUGGCAAAUUUCGUGUGGCUGCCAGUGGGAUGGCUUGGAAGGGCGAGGAAAGCGAAGGAGUAAUAGCUCUGCCUUCAGGAGACAUAAAAUGGGCACAGUGGUUGCGGGUCGCCCGUAACUUCCAGCUUCGUAUCGAUAUGAAAGACAGGAGACGUGAAACCUUCGAUGGUUUCGCCCGAGAAGAUCAUGACAAGCUAGCGGGGCUGAUGAAGCAGCACUUUGGCGUAACGCUGGAAGUUAGAGAUGUUUCAUUCAAGGGCUGGAACUGGGGAGUUACCGAUUUCCAAGGCCAGGACCUAGCUUUCUUGGUUUCAAACAAAACCUCUUUCGAACUACCACUUCGUCAAGUGGCCAACUCCAACAUAGCAGGUCGCACUGAAGUCUCUCUUGAAUUUGCUCCAUCGUCAAGUGGUAAGAAACCAUCUCGAUCUGCUCCUGAUGAGAUGGUCGAAAUACGAUUCUACGUCCCUGGAACUCAUGCUCGCCAGCGUGGUUCCGACGCUGGGUCAGAAAAGUCAGAUGUAGAAGAAGAAGACGAGGAAACGAGCGCUGCCCAAGCCUUCCACGAUGCUAUUAAAGAUAAAGCUGACAUUGGCCAGGUCACAGGGGAUCUUGUACUCAGCUUCGAGGAGGUGCUUGUUUUAACACCAAGAGGUCGCUACGAUGUGGAUAUGUUCCUAGACUUCUUGCGGCUCCGAGGUAAAACAUACGAUUACAAGAUUCUCUAUUCCAGCAUCUCGAGGUUGUUCCUGCUACCCAAGGAUGAUCAACAUGUUCUAUUCAUCCUCGGUUUAAGCACUCCCAUUCGUCAAGGUCAAACUCGAUACCAAUAUUUAGUUAUGCAGUUUGCUAGGGAAGAAGAGACCACAGCGGAGCUGAAUAUGUCAGAAGAAGACAUCACUAAGUACGAUAGACUUAAAAAGAACUAUGAGGACCCUACCUUCGAAGUGGUGUCUGGUGUAUUCCGUGCCCUUUCGAAGAAGAAAAUCAUUGGUUCUGGCAGUUUCUCAAGUCGCGACGGUCACCCUGGUAUCAAAGCAAACCUCAAAGCAGUACAGGGCGAUCUUUUCAUGCUCGAAAAAUACAUUUUCUUCGUCUCCAAACAGCCAACUUUAGUCGAGCUUUCGGAUAUACAUCAAUGUGUUUUCUCGCGUGUCGGUGCAAGUAUGGGCGCCACAGCCGCUCGAACUUUCGACUUGAAGAUUGUGACGAAGAGUGGCCCUGAGUACACAUUUACAUCUAUCAACAAAGAAGAGCACGAGCCAACAGAAUCGUACUUGAAGGACAAGAAAAUCAAAAUCAAGAAUGAAAUGGUACCCGAUGUGGAGAUGAUGCUGGCUGCAGGUGCUGCCGACGACGACGACGAAGAGAUGCAAAGUGUGGCCAGCAGCGGAGAUGAGAUGCCGAAACCCAGACUCGGCGGAGACGAAGAUGACGAUAGCGAAGAAGAUGAGGACUUCCAAGCAUCCGAGACUGAUGCGGGUUCUCCGACUGACAGCGACUCUUCUGAUGAUGGGGGCGUCACAGCUUCAGACGCCAGUGGCGAUCGAGAACUUGCUAAAGGUGGCAAAACCAAAGGGAAGGGCAAGAAGAAGGAUGGUACUGCCAAGACUGGAGCAAAAAAGGCAAAGGCAAAGGCAAAAGCAAAAGCAGCGGAUAGCGAUGCUGAGGAUGACGAAGAGAAGCCCAAGAAAGCCGCCCCAACAAAACCGAAACCGAAACCCAAGGUGAAGAAGGACGCCGGAAGUGGUGAUGAGGCUAUGGAUGUAGAUGAAGAGAAACCUAAAGCCAAGCCUAAGCCAAAACCAAAACCAAAAGCUGUCACGAAGCCAAAAGCAGACGAGGAGGUCGAGCCGGCGAAAAAGAAACAAAAGACUUCAGAUUAGAAGUCAUCUUAUAGGACGCUUCUUCCCAUGUUCUUCCAGCCUUCGUGUAUCUAGCUAGCAUCAUUCCAUUUGUAGGUAAUUUUUAUUUCAUUCCUAGUUCAUUUUAUACAAAUCUAUACAUCCUUCCUUGUAUUAUGAACAAAAUGUGAGACUAACAUAAAUCAAACGACUGCAAACAACGCAAAACUAGAAAUUAACGAAUGGACGAAUGGACAUGUUAUGGUUGAACAUCUCCUUUUCGUUUGGCUAGAAGUGAGCCAGGCUCAAAGAAGAGACCAGUAGUGGCAGAUGCACUCGAUGGUGUAGCUACAUUGACCAAAGGUUGAGUAGGGCGUGACGCUGACGAUUGUUUCCUUGUCGCAGUUCGAGAAAGCCCUUUGGUAUUGACGUUCAAUCCUGUAGCUUUUGUAAACAACACAUUGCGCUCUUGAUGUAGAACAUAUGAGCGGGCAACAAGAAUAGCCUGCAUCCACUUCUCGCCAUCUUUUUGGUUGCAUGAGAAUACAUGGAGAUAGUCUGAUGCAUCCUCGAAUAAAGUUAGAUUGUCCGUUGAUUUCACGGCAAAAACGAAUGGCUUGGGUGCCUUAUGGCGCCGAGUAACAUAGUAAGCAUCGAAAUUAGAUAGAGAGCAAAGGAAUGUCUCGUCUUUGCCCGUGUCGCGUUUUGAGAGCCAUAAGCUGUGCUCCCUCAACUCCAUCCAACGCUUGCUCCAUUUUCCUCGUUUGCUCUCCCACUCAACAUAUCCUCGGCAGGUAGGAGAAAGAGUCGGUAUAGCGGAACGACUUAAGAGCGGAGCUAGAGGUGUCGUUUUAACGGCAAAUGCAUUGACCAUCUUGUCUUUGUUCCAUGAAGCUGAAAUGUCUGACAGAAGUUCAUAACUUCUUAUAGGUCGCUCCAUGCCAAAGUCUUGAGCCAUUUCCCAAAGCAUCCAUCCUGUAGCACCCUCAAGCGCCCCUUGGCUCGCUAUGAGGUCAACAACGUCUCCUGCAUUGGUACCUGGUAGAAGCUCUACCAUGCUAAAGCGUUGCAUACCACCAAUGAAUAUCCUUUGCUGUGUAGCCUGAGUUUUAGCAGGUGCCUGUUGAGCAAGGGCAGAUAACACUUCCGCCGGAGGAAGUGGAGGGACAGGAGGACGUUGUGUGGAGCGAUGUACUGGAACGUCGAGAUCGCCCUCAGAAGAAGUACGAGUAGAUGCGUAUCCACCACUCGUCGUAGGUCUCCUAGCAACAUCACUAGAUUUAAUCAUUUUACCAGACUUGUCGAGACUGACGCGACCACUCUCUGUACUGCGCAUUACCGAUGAAUCGUCAACGGCUCUUCGAUUCCCAGUGGUAGCACUUCGUCCGAUCGACUGUGAAGAUGUACCUUCAUGUCCUGACUGCGGGUCCGAUUUUCUGGGACCUGACCUGUGGAAGGAUCUCAUCGGUCUCAGCGUUCGUUCUGGAGGCGUUUCUACCGAAGGAGUUGAUGGAGGCGGUGGUCUCUGCAAAAAUGCGAGCUGAUCAUACGUGGGAAGGUUAGGGCUCUUGGAACGAGUUGCAGAGUCUCCUGACCAACCAGGGAACCCCAUUGAUGAAGCUUCCUUCGAAUUGAGAGGUGCAGUAGCAGGGGGUGUGCGCAGACUCUGAAGAGAUUGCAGCUUCUUUGCGAGAUCGUCAGGGGCAAACGGCUCCAUUGCAGCUGGCUUGGGACGUGUUCGUUCCCGACGCAGCGACUGUGAAGCAUGGAGUGCAGCCUCUUGCGAGCUGGAUUGUGGCCGAUACGGUAUGAUCGGGGCACUCUUAGGCGGAGCUGAUGAAUGCGUGGAGGGCCCUCGUGAUUUCAUUGCACGCUCCAUCCUUCGCUGCUCCCUCUCAUCCUUAACCUGUUUCCGAAUAGUGCGUUGCGCUUUCAGCGCAGUGGGUAUGCGUUGAGCAAGUGGUACAUCAUCGUCUGUACCAUUGUCAGAGCCAGUGACCAAAGAGUGUGAAGACUCUGGAUGAGUAGAAGCAAUACCCUCAAGCCCACUAUAGUACUCGGUAUUUCCCGCUUCCUCUUCUGAGGAAGAAGAGUAAUCAGAUGGACUUGAGAAAGAUGAACGGUCGUUAUAG